GACAAAGACUGUAAAUAGUGGACAAUUAUUAGAAAGUGAUAUAAAUUGACUUGUUUUUAUACAAAAUGUGGAUGUGUUGUCUAGUGAUAAUUCUUGUGCCUUAUUAAUUUAUUUUAGGUGAUUGUAAAGAAGCUCAUUAGUUUGCGUUCUUUGACGCUGUUAUAAUGGAGGGUAUCUACAAAGUUAAACUAGUACCCAGCGAUCUCAACACUGAGGAAACCGUACUUCAAAUCGCGGACACUCUCGACAAUUUGAACGGCAUUAUCGAUGACGUAUUCAGCCGUCUCACCGCGCGUAUCAUCCAAAACUUGGACAAGACAAAUAAACUGAAGAAACGAAUAGAAGAUUCUCGAGCGAAAGCCGAACAACUCGUAGGGAUGCAGAAAGCUAUAAAAGUAUUCUCUAGCGCGAAGUAUCCGGCGUCUAUUUCUCACGAGCAUUACGAAUCUGUGUUCGGCUUGGAUGGGUAUCAACACCAGCCUAAGAAAGUAACCCUAAGUGGAAAAAACCAGGGCCAAGCGGGCGGCAAAGAUGUCCAGGAAAAACUUCAUUUCUACCACGUGAAAAUAGCGGAACCAAGGGCCGCCCAGAAGAAAGAUUUCGACUUAAACGCUAUUAUGGACAACGUGAAGACUGUUGGACAGUUACUCAUAUUCAAUACGGACGAGAGUCCAUACCUGGGCGCCCCUAGCAAGCCCGUGUAUGUGCCCAAGGUUACAUCCACACCUGGUGAGAGUAAGAAUCAGCUAGAAGAUGCACCGUCCUCUAUAAUGAAGAGAGAGGUCUUGAGGAGGGAGGCGGACGAGUACAUGUACGCGCCUGGAAUCGGAAUGGUACCAGAACUAGAGAUGCCCUUGGACUUGCCCCACCUUCCGGGCGUAGCGGGUGACGUCCAAUUCUCCAUAACUACCGACGGCUCCAUCGCCCCGUCCGUGGUGACGUCACCGCUGACUCCCGUGUUGGAUCUGGUGGUCACCAACGCUGAACUGCCGGGUCUUCAGGAGUUGUUGGUGGCGAUCCCGGCGUCGCUGCCGGUCGUGCCGGACGCCGCGCCGGCGCCGGUACCGGUCGCGCCGGUGCCGGUGGCGGUGCCGGCAACCCUGGCUCCACCUCCGCCACCCCCUCCACCACCGCCGCCGCCACCACCACCACCACCACCACCGAUGGAAACCGUCGCGUCUACAAGCAUUGAAAGGGCGCAGCCUCCGCCAGCAGCUCCUGCGCCGGUCGGCGACGCCCACGCUGACCUGAUGGCCGCCAUCCGCAAGGCGGGAGGUGCGGGCCGGGCCAAGCUGCGGCCCGCAGCUGAGUCCACACCCGCUAAGGUUUCCAAAACGGGCGGCGGCGACCUGAUGGCGGACCUCCACGCCAAGCUCUCCAUGCGCCGGCGCGGCAUCUCCGGCGCAGACCGCGGCUCCGUGCUGCACACCUUGGCAAGCAUCAUCCCUGAACCAGACUCAUCCUCGCAACACAACUCCUCCACGGACGAAGACUGGGAGUGAAGGAUAACCUCGCGAGUGGACGGACGGUAGGGCCUCCGAAGUAAAUUGUUUUCAAACUUGACUAUAAUUGUAGCUAUAAAUUCAGAUGCAAAUCAAUCUAAAUUUGUAAAUUUUGGCCUAAACUAUGUUUUAUUCUGUGAUAGAGUUUGUUAAUGUUGUAUCGGUGUAAAGUGGCAAAGGGCGGUGGUAAAUAUAUCUGUUUACCUACUUAUCUUCUUAUAUAUCUGUUUUCUUAAAUGUUGUAUUUCUCUGUUCUGUCUUAUAUAUCUAUAAGUAUUUUCAAGAUUAUUGGCUCUGUCUACCCCGAAAGGGAUUUAGACGUGAUUAUGUGUAUGUAUAUAUCUUAUAUCCUUUAAAAUUGUCAAACUUUUUAGUAAUAAAAAGUUAAAUCAAUUUUUCCUUCACAGUUAAGUGGUCUUAAUUCCUCUGCUUGAAAUCUUUCUACUCUCAGAUUUACUAAAUUACUUACAACUUCCCUUUGCAACCGACCCCGCACUCCAACUAUGAUGUCGCAAUGUCUUUCGUUCGUAGAAGCGUUCGUUUAUAACGAUUUCAAAUUAAACUUGUAUUAAUUACGAUUAUUAUUUAAUAUUAAUAUAUCAGGUAUAUUGUAAUAAUAUCUGGUAAUUGGUAUAUUGUUUAAAGAUGACGUUACCAACUUAACGUUAGACCUUGCAAUUUCAUAGUAAGGGUCCUUAUCGCUACAGGAUAUGUUCCAUUUUUUAUCUCCCAAGAAUACAUGUCCCCUUUUUCAACGCUUUACAUACAAUGCAAUUUUUAAUGAAGCUUUUUUAAUUACGUCGGUAUGCUUGAGCAUUCACAAGGACCUCAUUAAAAUAGCUUCGUCAAGUCUAGGAAAAAAUGUUGAAUUGUUAUAUUUAGUCUAGAUUUGUAAAAUGCACACGAUACCUAUAUGAAUAAGGCAAAAUUGCAAGCGUAAAGGUUAAGAAAUAUUUAAGAAACAAUGUAAUAUGUUGAAAAUGCAAACUGGUUUAUUUUUACAUAGUCGCUGUUAUUGGAAAAGUUUCGAGUUUAGAAUGCAUUACUUAUGUUGGUUGUGAGUCAUUAAAACUGAAUGGAUGGAUCACAAAUAAAUAAACGGAAUAUUUGAUAGAGUGCGUUUAGUGGUUCCAGUUACUCGUAAACCGAAGUCGAAUGGCGUUUUCAAAACGAGAUGUUGAAUUGUAUACGGUUUGAUUACACGCGUCUCGAGCAAAUUGACUGUUAACCUUUUUUGAUAGCAAUCUGUCACAAUGUUUAUGUAACCCUAUAAUAGAACAUGCAUUUAAAUGCAGCAAAUACCCAGAAAAACGAGAAUUGUGGACUCCGUGUAUCGGGGCCUUGUCGAAUUGCGUGAGUGCACGCCGUUUAUAGUCUGUUUACGAUCGACGACUUGUCGCACAUGUUUGGAAUUACGACCGCGGGAGUGACACCGAGAGCCCCUUUUUAAACUCAUUACAAACAGAGAUCGGAAAGGAGCCCUCUCGUUCCGGGAGGUUAUUACUAUAAUCGCGUUUCUCACUAGCGGCCCUAUCUCGCUUUCGUUUCUUGGAAGGUGCGCGGGCGCAUUAAGUCUUCCCCGCAAACUAUCAACCGGUCGACUAAUCGCCCGAUUUCCAGAAUCGACCCACAGAUAGACGUAUAAUAACGACUUGGAGCAUUUACGCGGAAGUCGAUUGCACGACAUUUUCGUUGGAUAAUUAGUUUAUUACACUUAUCAUUAAUUCCCCAUAACGAAUUAUUGUUAUGUUAUUCGAGUUAAAACGAAGAAUCUCGUUUGUAAUGAGUUCGUGGAGGUGACGUCGCAUGCGCCGGUUCGGCCGACCAAAGCGUUUGAAGAUAACAACCGUAGUUUCCAUGAAAUAGUUUAAUUUAUCAAAAAAAUAAAUAAUAUGUUCCAUGAUAUUUGAAUUAUGUCUGUUGAAAUGUUUUAACUUUAAUUCACUUAAUUGAGACUUUUAGCUUAUUGUGAUUGAAUUCUAUCGUUAUUCUAUUAAGGGCCGUUUCAAUGUUGCCCGUUUAUUAAAAUAAUGUAAGAAAUACUAUAAUGUAAGGUUUUGAAAUAUUAUCAUCGCUGUUAUCAGUUAGUGACCUGUAGCGAUUUAUUUGUAAGCUGCUUAAGGAAAAGCUAAGUACUUUAGAACGACACGAUAAGAGAGUCCAGCAACUGAGUGCCUGUGUGAGGCGGUGCUAACUUAGUUGACAAAUCAGCCUAUUGAAUACACCCUUAUUUAUAUGACUAUAUCUUUAUUAAUACUUAUAUACAUAAUAUAUAAUAAUCAUGACAAUUAGGUAGAUACCAAUUCAUUUAUUCUUUAUUGUAACAAUUACAAUUUUUAAAGUACAAGCAUUAUCUAACAGUCUACCAUUGGAAUAAGCAGAGAACCUUUGUGAGAGAAAUUUUUCGAAUCAAAAUUAAAUCGAAUUAGUAAUUUAGUAUUUUCGAAAGUCUUUAAAUCAAUUACUAGUGAGUCAUACUUCGUAUUCCUAUAUUUUUAUAUGAAACCUUAAAAUCAAUUAACCAGCAGCCUAUUUGCAUUCCUAAUUUAUAGAUAAACGCCAUGUUCUUGACCUUCCGUGUUUUUUUUAACGUCGGUUCUCCUCCGAGUGAUUCUGUUCCGAGAAAUCAGAGACAGAGACGAAUGGUGUCCGCGCCACACUAUAAUUUAUGUUGUUUUUAUAUCUUGGAAGCAAUUUUACGAUCAUCAUAGUUUCAGUAAAGUGCUGAUGGUACUACAAGUCGCGAGAUUCUCGUAAAAUACUUUGUUUUAUACUUCUCCUACGAAAAGGAAUAAAAAUGAUAGUUUCUCCGAAUUGUCCGAUUGGUUUUACGGGAUUGCUUAGGCCGGUGACAUUUCAGCGUAAAGACAUCUGCCGUAAAGAGCAGUGAACUUUGUUAGAGGCCACAGCUGUCCAGGUAGUCAAUGAAGAUAUCUCGAAGGUGGAACUUGAAUAACGUAUUGUAUAGAAAUUCGAGAAUGUGACAUAAUAGUACAUGUCAAUGAUAGGUAAUUUUUAGGGUUUUAUUACAGCUUUUAGCUGCUAUGUUAAAUGGAUCCUUCAUGUUCUAAAAACUAUCUUUUGACGAUGGUGGGACACAAGACCAACCCCUAGCGUUCGGAGGUCCAGCAGCUUAUAACCUGGCUCUCUACUCACGUUAAUUAAAUAAUAAUAAAAGUAAUCGGCAGUCUGAAUAGAACGAGGGAACAAAUACGUACAGGAUGUUAAGACAUUACGAUGGUAAAUAGUAUUUAGAUGAUGCGGUGACUUGUAACGUCCCACGUGACAGGGAUUUUGUAUGGAAAUUUUAGGUAAAUCGUUCGGUGCCUUUGCCGCCGCAUUUGUAUGCGGCCGGCCGGUCGACAGUUAAGUUCUGUGGAUUAGGCUGCGCAAUGCGAUCAGACCGUUCUGUACAAUGAAUAUACAACGUAACACGAAAGAUUUAUAGCCACUGCACAUACAGAGUAGAUAGCUAACGUUAAUAGAUGUUUAGAAUUUACUGUUCAGUGCGUUUGAAAUGUCCUCUUUGAUGUACAAGUUAUUGUAUAGCCACAACCGUUAUUUAUAAAUGAAAAAUAUUGUUUUCUAUAAGGUUUACGUCUUGUUCAUGAAGUUGUUGAAUAUUUGAUCGUGCAAGCUUAGAUGAUAAGUAACGUUCCAGUGCAGUAGAGAUAGGUAAUAAAUACUUUUGUAAAUAGCCAUUCCGAUGUCUUGUCCAGUCGCUGUUUUUCGCAGGAAACAUUAUCACCUUGCGAGUGUCCGUAUUUAUAAAGUCGCGGUUUGCUUUGCGUCGCGAAUGUUUACGUAAUGAGAAUGACGACCGCCACACUGCGGAACACGAUUUUAGAGAUCACACGACACAAAUGAUGGCACACAUGACGUAGGUACUUGCGUACUUGACCUUCGGUUUUAUCGAUCAAUUUGAGCAUCCACAAGUAUCCUAAAAUUAAUCUGAUGAUAGCAGUUUUGCAAUCAAUGUAUCGUUUUUAUAUCAACAUGUUGAUAUACGAGUAUCUUAUCUACAUUUUAUGUCAUGGUUUGUUGGAGCGCGCUGUCAUUUCAAUUUGUCAUUACUACGGUUGGACGCGAAAGAAAUGUCUAAGGGGUAUUGAAUUGACAAUCUGUAAACUGCAAAUACACCUUUUAAUAUCUAUAAUGAUGUUAGUUCAUUUAUAGAUCGAAUAAUUAUUAAUACAGAUUUUAAAUUGAUCAAAAAGCACUGUUUUUGUCCGACUUUUCUAACAAUAGAAGGAUAAUAUUUUUGCAACACCUGUAUAAAAUAAUAAUGUCGAAGCCGGCUCUUGCCCAUACGCAGUCCUUAGCCAUUCCUCGUAGGUACGCCUUCUCGGGUAAUUUAUAGUCAUUAUCAAUUUUCACUAUAAUUUUCUACAAAUAAAGAGUUUCUGUUAACAAUCACUGUCAAGUUCCUAUUACAAGCGGCCUAUUCGUUAUUUUAGUUCUUUUAUAUUAUUUUAUACUCGAACUAUGUUUUAAGUUUUAUAUUCAAUUAAUAUCGAAAGUAGUUUUAUGAAUACACGAUAUAUUUUUCGGAUGAUAUUGGUGCAAAAAAUGGAAAUAAAAUAUUCUGUUAGCGUCCUUGAUCAAAUUACAUUUGUUUAUGCGUAUAAUAAAUCAAUUCUACAAAGCUGCAGACACAGUGUCUAGAGUUGUAUAGAAACUUACAGAAUGCCAUUAUUUUAAGUUAAUUUGCAUGUCCUUGUAGUGUUAUUUGAACCAUAGCUUUAGUAUUUUAGCGUCUUAAGUUUAGCUAUUAUAAGAUUUAUUAAUUAUACCAUGUACAGUUUGUAGCAAAUGAAAUAUUUUGUAUGUCACACUGUUAGCUUGUAAGAAACGGUUAUACUAGUACUCGUAUAAAUACAUGCUUUCAUAUCUUUUAUUAAGUUUCGACUGAUUUAAAUAAUAAUGUAAUAUGUUAUAGAUUUUUACACUUGCAUUUUUAUGAAGACGUUUCGUAUUGAAAUGUAUUGAUCUAAUUUAGGUACAAAUCGUAGUCAUCUAUUGAUAAGAUGGAUUAGUGGAGUCUAUUAUUUGCAAACUACGUUCAAAGUGGCUUAUUAAUAAUAUUUAUUUACAGAUAAAAUUAUAUGUUUAACAAUACUUGAAUUAAAUAAAGAUAAUGUAACACUUAUUAUCCGUCUGAUGGUUUUACUGUGUAUAUAUGUAUGUUAAUUGCAUCAUAGAUAUAUGUUGAAUUGGCACGCGCUGCGCCGCAACCGUUUUUAUGGAAUUGUAUGAAUGAUUUUAAAUGUUACGAACUUAUUAUAUGUCAAUAAAUCUAACGGAGAUUUAAUAACGCUGUUGUUUUUAUACUA